CCCCUCUACUGUCACAAACACCUGACGUUGAAUCGUGAAAAUAUGUGAUGCCAAAUGUCAAAAUGUAAAAAAUGUGAGGUUACUUUUGAAUUUUUAUCAAGAAAAUCUAAUUUCCUUUAUUGUUUUACUCGUAAAAAUGGCUAAAAGAACUAAUCCUUUUACUGAUGCCUUCAUGCCACAAUGUAAAGUUCAUAUUGGCGCAAAGCAGUUCAACAACAAUGAAGAUAGACUUAAAAAAGUGUAUGAAAAAACAUUGAACUUACUCUAUAAAGGCGCUAAGAAACAGUGCGCAAUAGAAGAAAGUUCAGAACUUCCUAACAUUGUGCCUGAAAGCAAGGAAAAAAUGAAACAGUUGUUUAUUGGGAAGGAUGGUUCACUCAUCCACUCCGGAACAAUGGCACAGAGUAGUUCGCUUGUUUCGCUGGAGUGCGGCUGCGGGGUCGCGGCCGCCAGCGCGUGCUCGUACUGCGACAAGGCGCUGUGCGCGGAGUGCCGCCACUUCUGCGAGUGCUGCGAUAAAUUCUAUUGCUCUUGCUGCUCCUUUACAGGAUCUGAGGGCUCCAAGAUAUGUGUCUCCUGCUAUGGUUGAGGAAGUGCUUAGCACUGUUUUAAAUUGAAAUAAAAUAUAGUAUUUAUUAUUUAACAAAUGUUUGUUGUUACCUUAUAAGAUUUUACUAAGACUGUUAGCUAUUUAAGUUAAGGUUUUCUAAGAAGGCUCAAAAUAAUUGGUAAAUAAAAUAAAAUAUUACACACAUCAUGUCUUUUAUUUAUAAAAUAUAACAAAUUGUUUAGCCUGUUCAGUUCUGAAAACAUAAUAUUUCAUACAUUAAUGCCCAAAAUAAAUAAAAUUAUUUAAAAAAUGCUCUUUGAAGUACAAAUAUGCAAUAACAGUAAUCACAACAAUGAGGCCAUUCAUUUCGUCGCUUGCAAGCUGGGACACUUGUACUAUUUCCACCAUACAUUUAUACAUUAUGUAUGUUCAGCUCCACAACCUACGCCUGUGCUAAAGUAUAACUUGACAUUUAGACCAAAAACAAAAAAAAUACAUACUUGUACCAUAUUAAUAUUAAUUAAGAGUGCCAUGCCAUCAGACAUCAAAAAAAAGAUUUGUGCUAAAAGUACAAAAUAUCAUAUCAACACAAUCAAACAAUAUUAUAAGACAGCAUAGAAUCAUAAUAAUUGACUAACACUCCUGGCGAUUUCCACACAAAAGAGCACCUAUAAUACCCUCAUCCAACGUGCAAAUGCACGUAAAAUAUAUCUUAAGUCAUAAAUA